GACCAACACCAGCUGUGCUGGUAAUGUCCCUAAAGCCCGUUGUUGUUGGCACAAGACCGAAUCUGCCGUCGAAGAACAUUUCAAACAAAACAAACAAACUGAGGUCUUGAAAUGCAAUUCCGCUCGAUUUAAACAGACAGUAACAAGUGCCGUUUAACCAAUGAGCUUCUUCCACCUUUGCGCGUGAAUGCUCAUCGGACUGCAGGUGAAGCAGCUACCUCUCCGGCUUCAGAUGCGUGUGAGCCCCGUGUGUCUCACUCCUGCAUGUCAGCGAGUCACUGCAGCAGCAGCAUGGAGAGGACAGCGCUGCCUUCAUGAAACCGCGCCGCCGCUGUCGAGGAACUUUACUCCUGCGCUCUUCCCGCUGUCACCGAAGCGCAUCGGCCUGACCUCCUCCAGAAAUUUUGAGCAGAAGUCAUGGAAGCGGCCGCUCCGUUCGUGCUCCUGCUGUGCGGUCUGCUCGCUUCUCUGGCGGCUGACUGGGAGGCUGCGGACAGCACUUUUACUUCUUACCUCGAGGAUGCAAUCGACUACAAGGAUCCCUGUAAAGCUGCUGCCUUUCUGGGAGAUAUUGCACUGGAUGAAGACGACCUGCGCAUGUUCAAAGAGGCCCAGAGCACUGACGAGGCCAACAGCACAAUCUCAGUGAACAGCUCCACUUCCAGUGAAAGCGUCAGGAGCAGGAGAGCUGCAGACAGACUCCAGCGCCACAGGAGAGCGGCCACCGCCAGACCUGAGCGAGUGUGGCCGGACGGCAUCAUCCCUUACGUGAUUAAUGGGAAUUUCAGUGGCAGUCAGCGAGCAAUUUUCCGUCAGGCGAUGCGUCACUGGGAGAAACACACUUGCGUAGCGUUCACCGAGAGGACGACUGAAGAAAGCUACAUUGUUUUCACCUACAGACCUUGUGGGUGCUGCUCAUAUGUGGGGAGGAGAGGCGGCGGCCCCCAGGCCAUCUCCAUAGGAAAGAACUGCGACAAGUUUGGCAUUGUGGUUCAUGAGCUGGGCCACGUGAUCGGCUUCUGGCACGAACACACGCGCCCGGACCGCGACGAGCAUGUAAGCAUCAUCAGGGACAACAUCCAACCAGGACAGGAGUAUAACUUCUUGAAGAUGGAGCCAGGCGAGGUUGACUCACUGGGAGAGGCGUACGACUUUGGCAGCAUCAUGCAUUAUGCGAGGAACACAUUUUCCAGAGGUAUCUUCCUUGACACAAUCUUACCCCGUUACGAUGUCAACGGAGGCAGACCAUCCAUUGGACAGAGGACUAAGCUCAGCAAAGGAGACAUUGCGCAAGCCCGCAAACUCUACAAGUGUGCAAAGUGUGGGGACAGCCUGCAGGACAGUACGGGAAACUUGUCCUCCCCUGGUUUCCCCAACGGGUACUCAGCGUACGCUCACUGUGUCUGGAGGAUUUCUGUCUCCCCGGGAGAAAAGAUCGUUCUGAAUUUCACGUCCAUGGACCUCUUCAGGAGUCACUUGUGCUGGUACGACCACGUCGAGGUCCGAGACGGGUUUUGGAGAAAAGCUCCUCUGAGAGGCCGUUUUUGUGGAGACACGCUCCCAGAUCCAAUUAUCUCAACCGACAGCCAACUGUGGAUUGAAUUCAGGAGCAGCAGCAGCUGGGUGGGCAAGGGCUUCUCUGCUGUCUACGAAGCCAUCUGUGGUGGAGAAGUGAGGCGGGACAGCGGCCAGAUCCAGUCCCCCAAUUAUCCCGACGACUACCAUUCCAACAAACUGUGCGUGUGGAAAAUAACAGUAGCGGAGGGUUUCACGGUCGGCCUCUCCUUUCAGUCGUUUGAGAUUGAGAGACAUGACAGCUGUGCCUACGACUAUGUGGAGGUCAGGGACGGCCUUUCAGAGAGCAGCCCGCUGCUCGGCCUCUUCUGCGGCCACGACAAACCGGACAGCAUCAACAGCAGCUCCAACCAGCUCUGGCUCAAGUUCGCGUCUGACGGGUCAGUCAACAAAGCCGGGUUUGCGGCCAGCUUUUUCAAAGAGGUGGACGAAUGCUCCCACCCCGACAACGGCCACUGCGAGCAGCGCUGUCUGAACACGCUGGGCAGCUACAGGUGUGCCUGCGACCCCGGAUAUGAGCUGGCGGCUGACAAACGCAGCUGUGAGACAGCUGCCUGCGGGGGAUUCAUCACCAAGUUGAAUGGCUCUCUCACCACCCCCGGGUGGCCCAAAGAAUAUCCCCCCAACAAGAACUGUGUGUGGCAGCUAGUGGCACCAAUUCAGUAUCGCAUCACCCUCGUGUUCGAUGUUUUCGAAACCGAAGGAAAUGACGUGUGCAAAUACGAUUAUGUGGAAGUGCGCAGUGGGCUGAGUUUAGACUCAAAGCUUCACGGGAAGUUCUGUGGAGCCGAGAAACCCGAGGUGAUCACCUCUGAGCAGAACAACAUGAGGAUUGAGUUCAAGUCGGACAACACCGUCUCCAAGAGGGGCUUCAAGGCCCACUUCUUCUCUGAUAUAGACGAGUGCUUCAAAGGUAACGGAGGCUGCCAGCACGAAUGUGUGAACACCUUCGGAAGCUACAGCUGUCAGUGCCGCAGCGGCUUCAUGCUCCAUGAUAAUAAGCACGACUGCAAGGAAGCUGGCUGUGACCAUGUUGUAAACAGUGUGUCCGGCACAAUCAGCAGCCCUAACUGGCCCGACAAAUAUCCCAGCAAGAAGGCUUGCACCUGGUCAAUGUCCACAACCCCCGGACACCGAAUCAAACUUGUUUUUAAUGAAGUCGACAUGGAGGCUCACCCGGAGUGCGCCUACGACCACCUGGAGAUCUACGACGGCAGAGACGUCCGCGCCCCGAGUCUGGGCCGCUUCUGUGGCGUCAAGAAGCCCUCGCCGGUCGUCUCCAGUGGCAACGGGUUGUUCCUGCGUUUUUUCUCAGACAACUCGGUGCAAAAGAGGGGGUUUGAGGUCUCGUAUGGGGCCGAAUGUGGAGGGAGCCUUACAGCGGAGGUCAAGACAAAAGAUCUGUACUCUCACGCGCAGUUCGGAGAUAACAACUACCCCGGAGGCUCCGACUGCCUGUGGGUGGUCACGGCAGAGAAGGGCUACGGAGUGGAGAUCAUAUUUCAAGUGUUCGAGAUCGAGGAGGAGGCGGACUGCGGGUACGAUUACGUGGAGCUGUACGACGGCGCUGACACCAAGUCUCCGAGGCUGGGGCGAUACUGCGGCUCAGGGGCCCCGGAGGAGGCUUACUCAGCCGGAGACGCUGUCCUUUUGAAGUUCCACUCGGAUGACAGCAUCAAUAAAAAGGGCUUUCAUGUGCGCUACACGAGCACCAAGUUCCAGGACACGUUACACGCAAGCAAGUGACUCUCCAAAACGUUCCCCAGACCGAGAUGGAGGCUUCACCCCUAGCAUUUGGUCGGUCACACCCAUUUGCAGGCGAGGACUGAAUGCAUGGGUUCAAACCACAAAACACCAACCCACAUACCAUUCAGAGAAACUACUAUUCCUCAUUAUAUAGCUGUGUAGGAUAAAAGGGCUAGUUUGGAUUAUUUUUAAGUUAAUUCAGUCUCGCCGCCUGUAAUGAGAUGAUUACUUUAUAGCACUGUGGUAAGAUAUAAAAUGUAUAUAUUG